AAUGGCUGCGUCAACAUUGCGCUCGGUGGUUUUGCUGUCCUCACUUUUCGAUUUGCAGCGCCGACGACAUCAACCUCCACGUGACACCUCCAGCUACAACUAUCUAAUGACGGACAGCUACUUGGGUAGCAGCUGCCGAGGCAGCAUCCGUAGCUGCGACUUCCAGAGCAGCAACAACAGCGCAGCUUCACCAGUAUCGGCUCGCAACGCACUGCUGUCUGCAUCGUCUAUCAACGCACUCGUGACGGACCGUGAGCUAUUCACCACUGCAGCGAGCGUCGUACCAAAGCUGCGAUCUGUGGUAGAGCACCGUAAAGACAUGUUUCGCAGCAGUAGUGUCUGGCAAAUGUCACCAUCGGACAGACAGCAACCGCCGUGCUGGGUUGUCAAGAAGAAGCAGCAUGGCGCCGAGAUCAGCGAGUUCGACCGAGCCAAGCUCCCAUCAAUGAGAAGUAUCGACGGCUCCAACUGGUUUCGAGGAUCCACACGAGUUGCUGACACUCGUCACUCCAUGAUCGAGUCUCGCGGUUCAAUCUACACUCGAGAUGCGUGUCUUGGAGAGCACACCCAGUCCGAAAUUCGAGCCAGACAGCUACUGCAAUGGCCGCUGAACGACCUCAACGUCACUUAUGCUGUAUCAGCUCAAGUUACACUAAACUGCCGAUUGGGUGAGGCGAUGACGAUGCUGUUCAGCCGCGAGGCUCUACAGUUCGAUGCCAGUAUGGGCGCACUAUUCGGUGCCAGGAAAUACAAGAGCGGUGAUCUAUUGGUCUCACGCGAGUUUCGCAAGAAUCUCGCGAUGGAUUACGGAGACGACAGUUCACCGUGUUGGGAAGACGAAGACUUGAACGAUCUCUCUCAACCUGGCUGGGUUGCACUGCAAUCCGUGGUGCUGCGCUCGCGUCGAUCGCUGAAUCCAAUGGCAGCAGCCAAGCACACGAGUCGUCGCCAAAGACUCUGCUUUGCGGCCUACUCGCAGCUCUGUCCUGACGCUAACGAGGCGUUCUACGCAAUGAAGACUCUACCAAAACCCAUGCACGACAAGUUCACUCACCGCAGAGACCAGCGUACCUCAGAGCAGGCGAUUCGAGGCGAUCUGGACCAUAUAGCGGCCGGAUAUCACCUCAUGAGCUCGUACAGCGAUUUAAAUGGACACCAGACGCGGAUCACUAUGACUGCGUACGUCUACAGUCCAGCGACUGACCCAUCUCCGGCACGUUCGAGGUUCUGGGUAAAAGGCCAACCUGGUGUUGGCUCAGUGUCCUCUCGACGACACUAUGCAGCACCAGUAGCCAACGCUGAAGCCAAGUACGUCGUGAAUCUCUUGGCAGCAGCGACGACAUCGUUUGAGCAGCUCAUACGGCGUCGCCGUUUAGGGUACCAGCCUUUCCUCCGCUUGCCUGAGAGCCAUGAUAGAGCUCAUGACAGUAGAUGCAGCGUGUGUCUAAAGAACUUUGGGCUACUACGUCCUCAGCGGUUCUGUCAGCUCUGUGCACAGCGCGUCUGUCGCGAGUGUUCGCGAAAGUUUGACGUGGAACCAGUAGCACGCAGAGUGCGUCGCAGCCGCCUUUGCUUCGCUUGCGUGGCCAACGUGGAUGCCAGCGUGUUCCAACAAGAAAACCCGCUCCUCAACGCAUCACUUCAUAGAGCCUCGAUUGCAGAGGCCAGAACCAGCACAAAUGAUCGAGAGGACGAGGAAGGUGCGAAGAUUUCCACCGCAUUCUACGAUAUCUUGCUCAAGCCGAACGAUGCGCGUAACUCCCAAUUAACCGAGGAAACACCGACUUCACGGACUGCAUUUGAGGCGCAAAUGCAUCGACUGGAUCGAAGCAGCAGCGCAGCUACCGCCCCGGCGUCAUUUUCAUCCACACCCGGUCGACAACUGGCCGACGCAUUGUUUUCAAGUGAUCCGCUGACCAGGGCACGAGCACUGGAAAUCGUGCGUCAAGUGGUGAAGCAGGUGACAUCCGACUCGCCACCAACGAGCUCAACAUCUACAUCUUCGUCAUCCUCGACGCUCAAUCCAUCGAUUCCGGUGUUUCACCCACAGUAUCCGGACAGGAAAAUGGUGGACAAGUACCUAGAGGCACGUCUGCAUCUUUCGAGCAUCUCUCUCAGCGAUGAUAGCAGCAGAGACACCCGAUCAAACUCCUUCUACAACCUCCAAGAAGUGACACAGCGAUCACGAUGCAGCACACGCGACCAAUGCUCCUCGCCAUACUCAAGACCUGCUGUCGUGCCGCGACAAUGGACCACAACCACGAGUCUGGAGACGGAGCUUGACUUGGACGACGACCUGGACUCGGCAGCUCUGGACGCGAUCUGCGAGGUCGCCGCUAUCCGAAUGCGCUGUUCGAUCGCAUACAUUGUGGCCCUUAACACCCACAGCUCUCGCGCUCAGCGCAUCGUGGGAUCUUCCGGUGCUCCGCGUGUAUGGAUCGAGGAGGUGACUGUGUGUCCGUUCUCACUUGUAGCGACUGGUAAGCCCUUCGUCAUUAAAGACCCCACACGUGACCCGCAACUACGUCAUCUGCGACUUGUGCGCGAUAUCGGCGUGCGAUUCCUUGCCGGAUUCCCCAUCAAAUCACCCGACGGCACCGUUGUUGCCUGUUUGUGCACGGUUGACGCCAAAACCCGCGAAAAGAUCUCACUGGAGGACCUGAAGGCCAUGCAUGCACUGUCCAAGCUCGCCUCCGACCUGUUCGAGGAGGAGGUGAACCCGUACACGCCGCGCAACUGUGCUCGUGGAUGAGUGACUUCAACUUCAACAUUUUGUUACUUUAUGCUUACUUAACCAUUACUUUAAAUCACCCAACACUUCAAUUAUCAGUCCAGUUUUGACACGGUGAGCA